CGGAGCCACGAGGCUCCUGGGAUACGCGGUAGUUCUCGAGGCGCCGUCUCCGCCUUGCUGCCGCUACUCGAGGACUACACUUCCCAGGGAUCUGCGCGGCGGCGUCCGGAGAGCCGCGCGAGCCCGUGAUUGGUUGGUGAGCCGGCCGCACGCGGAGGAGCCCAAAGAGCAGCUCUGUUGCGACAGAGGCCGAGCGGCGAGGCCCAGCUCCCUGAAGGACCCUAACCCACCCCUGUGGUUCGUCACCAUGCCCUCCGACCUGGCCAAGAAGAAGGCCGCCAAAAAGAAGGAAGCUGCCAAAGCACGACAGCGCCCCAGAAAGGGGCAUGAGGAAAACGGAGAUGCUGUCCCAGAACCACAGGUGGCAGAGGAGAAAAAUGAGGAAGCCAAUGGCAGAGAGACCACAGAAGUGGAUUUGCUGACCAAGGAGCUGGAGGACUUUGAGAUGAAGAAAGCUGCUGCUCGAGCGGUCACCGGCGUCCUCGCCUCUCACCCCAACAGUACUGACGCCCACAUUAUCAACCUCUCCCUCACCUUUCACGGGCAGGAGCUUCUCAGUGACACCAAACUGGAGCUAAACUCAGGCCGGCGGUACGGCCUCAUCGGCCUGAACGGGAUUGGAAAGUCCAUGCUGCUGUCUGCUGUUGGGAAGCGUGAGGUGCCCAUCCCCGAGCACAUAGACAUCUACCACCUGACGCGGGAGAUGCCCCCCAGCGACAAGACGCCCUUGCAGUGCGUGAUGGAAGUGGACACAGAGCGGGCCAUGCUGGAGAGGGAGGCCGAGCGGCUGGCUCACGAAGACGCCGAGUGUGAGAAGCUCAUGGAGCUCUACGAGCGGCUGGAGGAGCUGGACGCCGACAAGGCGGAGGUGCGGGCCUCGCGGAUCCUGCACGGCCUGGGCUUCACGCCCGCCAUGCAGCGCAAGAAGCUCAAAGACUUCAGUGGGGGCUGGCGCAUGAGGGUGGCCCUGGCCAGAGCCCUCUUCAUCCGGCCCUUCAUGCUGCUCCUGGACGAGCCCACCAACCACUUGGACCUCGACGCGUGCGUGUGGCUGGAGGAGGAACUGAAGACUUUUAAGCGCAUCCUGGUCCUCGUGUCCCACUCCCAGGACUUCCUGAACGGCGUCUGCACCAACAUUAUCCACAUGCACAACAGGAAACUCAAGUACUACACGGGUAAUUACGACCAGUACGUGAAGACCCGGCUGGAGCUGGAGGAAAACCAGAUGAAGCGGUUUCACUGGGAGCAAGACCAGAUCGCACACAUGAAGAACUACAUUGCCAGGUUUGGUCAUGGCAGUGCCAAGCUGGCCCGGCAAGCCCAGAGCAAGGAGAAGACACUCCAGAAAAUGAUGGCAUCGGGACUGACAGAGAGGGUCGUGAGCGACAAGACGCUGGCGUUUUAUUUCCCACCGUGUGGCAAGAUCCCGCCUCCUGUCAUUAUGGUGCAGAAUGUGAGCUUCAAGUACUCAGAGGAUGGGCCUUGCAUCUACAACAACCUAGAGUUUGGCAUCGACCUGGACACACGAGUGGCUCUGGUGGGGCCCAACGGAGCCGGGAAGUCGACGCUCCUGAAGCUGCUGACCGGAGAGCUACUGCCCACAGACGGGAUGAUCCGGAAACACUCUCAUGUCAAGAUAGGCCGUUACCAUCAGCACCUACAAGAGCAGCUGGACCUGGACCUCUCGCCCCUGGAGUACAUGAUGAAGUGCUACCCAGAGAUCAAGGAGAAGGAGGAGAUGAGGAAGAUCAUCGGCCGGUACGGUCUCACUGGGAAGCAGCAGGUGAGCCCCAUCCGGAACCUGUCUGAUGGGCAGAAGUGCCGCGUGUGUCUGGCCUGGCUGGCCUGGCAGAACCCUCACAUGCUCUUCCUGGAUGAGCCCACCAAUCACCUGGACAUUGAGACCAUCGAUGCCCUGGCAGAUGCCAUCAACGAGUUUGAGGGUGGCAUGAUGCUGGUCAGCCACGACUUCCGGCUCAUCCAGCAGGUGGCGCAGGAAAUCUGGGUCUGUGAGAAGCAGACAAUCACCAAGUGGCCUGGAGACAUCUUGGCCUACAAGGAGCACCUCAAGUCCAAGCUGGUGGGCGAAGAGCCCCAGCUCGCCAGGAGGACCCACAACGUGUGAGCCCUGGCCGGGCCGGCCCCAGGGCCGCACCCCUGCAUCGCUGCGCGGCCGCGCCCCGGCCUCUCCCCGCCCCCCCGCCUUAGCUGCA